UCUGAACAAAGUCUUCACACAGGAGAUGGCUCGGUGAACAUAAAAGGAGAGCUUGCUGUCAAGAGCGAAACUGGGACAUGGAAAGCAUGCCCCUUUAUUCUAGGUACUUUCUUUUGUGAACGUUUGGCGUAUUACGGGAUUGCUACAAAUCUUGUCACUUAUCUCACCACAAAACUACAUCAAGGACUUGUUUCUGCCGCAAAAAAUGUUACCACUUUUCAAGGAACUUGUUAACUUACACCUCUCGUUGGAUCCUUCUUCGCUGAUGCUUACUUGGGAAGAUACUGGACAAUUGCAGUGUUCUAUGGAAUCUAUCUCAUAGGAAUCUGCAUAUUGAUUCUUUCAGCAACCAUUUCUGCAUUGAAGCCAACGGAAUGUGUGAAUUAUGUCUGUCCAUCGGCAACUCUAGCUCAAAAUGUUGUAUUCUUCCUUGGAAUCUUUUUAAUUGCACUAGGAACCGGUGGAGUAAAGCCAUGUAUUUGGCCCUUUGGAGCCGAUCAGUUUGAUGAUACAGAUCAUAGGGAAAGAGCGAGUAAAGGAUCAUUCUUCAAUUGGAAUUAUUUCACUAGUAACAUCGGUGCACUUUUAUCAGUCACUAUAUUGGUAUGGACUGAAGAAAAUGUUGGAUGGGGUCUUGGAUAUGGAAUUUCUGCAUUGUUUAUUGUUAUUGGAAUCAUAAUUUUCUUUUUAGGCACACCAAUCUAUAGAUUUCAAAGGCCAAUGGGAAGUCCUCUUACAAGAAUUUGCCAGGUGAUUUCUGCUGCUAUAUUCAGGCGGAAAUUGGAGGUUCCUCAGGACAAUUGUCUCCUCUUUGAAACAGGAAGUUCUAGACUAGAGCAUAGUGAUGGAUUGAGAUUCCUCGAUAAAGCAGCAGUGAUAUCAAAUGCAGAUAAAGAAACAGCCGAAGCGACCAGUCCAUGGAGGCUUUGUACAGUUACACAGGUGGAAGAGUUGAAGAUAUUGAUCCGCAUUUUUCCAAUAUGGGCAUCAGGAAUAAUCUUCUGUGCUGUUUAUGCACAAAUGUCAUCAUUGUUUGUUGAACAAGGAAAAAUGAUGGACACAACCAUUGAUUCAUUUAAAAUUCCUGCAGCCUCUCUUUCAACUUUUAACAUCAUAGCUGUCAUUAUUUGGGUUCCAAUUUAUGAUAGAGGAAUUGUUCCGAUUGCAAGAAAAAUCACUAACAAUGUAAGAGGUUUCUCAGAAUUGCAAAGGAUGGGAAUUGGCCUUUUUCUCUCCAUUAUUUGCAUGUCAGCUGCAGCAUUAUUAGAGACCAAGAGAUUGCAAAUUGCAAUAGAAUUUGGAUUGGUUGAUGAAAAUGUUCCUGUACCACUUAGUAUAUUAUGGCAGAUACCUCAAUAUUUCUUGCUUGGUGCUGCUGAAGUGUUCACUUUUGUCGGACAACAUGAGUUUUUCUAUGAGCAAGCACCGGAUACCAUGCGCAGUUUCUGUAGCGCAUUGGCACUUUUAACGAAUUCUUUAGGGAAUUAUCUGAGUUCUUUGAUUGUCACUAUUGUUGAUUGCAUUACAACAAAAGAUGGAAAUUCUGGAUGGAUAAGUGAUAACUUGAAUGAGGGUCACCUUGAUUACUUUUUCUGGCUUCUAGCUGGACUUAGUUUUGUAAAUAUGUUGGUAUACAUUUUUUAUGCUAGAAAGUACAAACAAAAGAAUGCUUGUCACACAAGUCAUUCUUAA